AGUUUGCUUCCGAACUUGGGCCAGAGAACAGGAAGGGCUGCAGAGAAGCUGAAGCGGAGAACAGCAGCGCAGCUGGAGCCUGGAAGCGUUUACUUAAAAGAGAAGCCUCUCUUCAGAAUAAAGACAACUUUUCAGAGACAGAGGUGGCCCAAGAGAAGGGGAAGGAGAUGGAAGAGCAGGACUCAGAAGGACCUGGAACUGAGAAGAGAGCAAGCAAAAGUCUACAUCCCACCCCAGCUGGGAGUGGUGUUGAAUUCUGGGAAAGGGCUGUGCCAGAGGUCCUGACUAAGAACACCCUGACCUCAGAAGUAUGUUGCCAACACUUCCGGCAGUUCCGCUACCAUGAGGCCGAUGGGCCUCGAGAGGUUUGCAGCCAGCUGCAUGGACUUUGCAGCCAGUGGCUGAAGCCGGAGAGGCACACCAAGAGGCAGAUCCUGGACCUGGUGAUCCUGGAGCAGUUCCUGACUCUCCUGCCCCAGGAAAUGCAGUGCUGGGUCAGAGGAUGUGGGCCGGAGACCAGUUCCCAGGUGGUGGCCCUGGCCGAAGGUUUCCUCCUGAGUCAGGCAGAGGAGAAGAGGCAGGCAGAACAGAGCAAACACAACUCUGACAGAAGUCUGAAAUACAUUGGCAGUAUUUAUAAUACCUAA